CAGUUGCUAGCUCAAACUGAUAUGAUUAUCACAUAGAAGUUCCCCAAAAAUAUGAAAAAGUAGGAAAAACAAUCAUUAUUAAUUUCUCAAAAUUGAGGAAGAGGACCUUAAGGGGCAGGUCUUUUUAUUAGUGUUAUUUAUUAUUUUACAGUACCUGUGGCGGUGGUUAAUCAUCAAAAGCUCUCUUUUUGAUGCGAGCGUGAGGUAUAUAAAUGGAGCUUCUAUGCCUUUACCUUUUUCUUUACACACUCUCCUUCAUAAACACAUUGUAAAAGGCACGUUUGUCAUGAAGGAGCAAGUUUGAAGAAAUCCCAAAUUGAAUAAAGUGGUUUUGAUUUGAGGAAAAAGCUUGAAUGGAAGGCAGAGUUCCGAAAGUUGGAGGAGGAUCAGAAAUGGGGCUGGGUUCUGUAACACUGACUAGGGCUUGAAUGGGGGUAUUUAUUAUGCUGAAAUCAAUGUUGUUUGCAUAAUUGACUGUUUCCAUGGACUUCUUUUCAGCCCUUUCUUUGAACAGUCAGUUUUAGCUUCUCUCUCUCCUGGGGGGCCUUCUUUAUGAUUUUUGGUACUUCAAGUUUAGUGUUGGCUUUGGAAAUGGUAGCUGCCAUGCUCGUGUGAACUUUGGUACAUCUUUUGGGUACUUGGAUUUUGUUUGAGCCUCUUGCAAAUUUUACCAUCAUUUACUGAAGCUGCUUUUUCUCUUCCAACUUCUAGCCUUUUUUUGUGCUUCAAAAUUUACACAAGUUUCUAGUUCCUUCAGUUCUCAAGGUUGUCCUGGAUUCUGGUUGAUGCUUGUGAUGGAAUCAUGUUUGUUGAAUUUGUGUCGAGGCUUAGGAGGCUCCAUCUGUUAUUUUGCUUAUUUGAAAUUUGACCAUUUUUUUAUAUUUGGCCACUGUUGAAGGUACUUAUUGUUAAAUUUUCUCUGAUUACCAGUUAGUUAGGAAAAAAGAUCAUAGAAAAGAAUCUGCUAGUGGAGUGGUUUGGUAUAUGUUGUUGAGGAGGGGUGGAUAUGAGUGACAAAAAGAAGUUUGAGGUGGAUAGAAACGAGGAUCCUAUGGGUUAUUCUAGUGGUAUGCACUCGGAUUGGAGAUUCGAGGGUGCAAAUCUUGCAAAUUCUUCUGCAGGUUUGGUUGCCAUGGGAAAUUCUAUGAACGCCAGCAGAGGGGAUUUGAUUGGUUCGUCUUCAUGUUCCUCUGCUUCAAUGGUGGACUCUUUUGGUGCAAGCUACUGGGACAACACCACCGGCUCCCAAAACCUGGGAUUUUGUGACUUUAAUGUCCACAACAAUGGGGGUUCUUCAAAUACUGCUGGAAUAAGAAAAGAGGGCUUUGGCUUUGGAAGAGUUGCUCAGGUUCAUCAUGGAACACUUGAAAUGGCUUGGAACCCUGCUAAUUCUAUGGUACCGAAUGGCCCAGGGUUGUUUCCGCACAGUUUAUCUCAGUUUCCAACUGAUUCUGGAUUCAUCGAGAGAGCUGCAAGAUUCUCAUGUUUCAGUGGAGGGAAUUUUACUGAUAUGGUGAACUCAUAUGGUAUUGCUCAAUCAACGGGGGUUUAUGGAGCAAGAGAUGCUAUUGCAGGACAUGGGUUGAAAUCUGUAACUGAAGGGCAAUCUCAAGGAGGUGAUAUGAAUGUAGUUGAAGCUACGAAAGAUUUGUCUCCAUCUGUUGAGCAUCUGGCUUCUAAAGGAAGCCCUCUCAAGAGUGAUAAAAGAAGUGAAGGUCAUAUUAUGUCUCAAGAUGAUGGGAAGCUAUCUCUUGUUAGGCCUGCUAAUGAGUCUGAUAGAGCUGAAUCUAGUGAUGAUGGUGGUGGCCAGGAUGAUUCUCCAUUGUUGGAAGGUGCUAGUGGCGAGCCUUCAAUCAAAGGGCUAAACUCAAAGAAAAGGAAAAGAAGUGGGCUGGACGCUGAUAAUGGGAAAGGCAAUGGAGCUACAGAAAUUCCUAAUGAUGCUGCUCAGGACAACUCUGAGAAUCAACAGAAGGUAGACCAUCAACCAAUUCCAGCAACCAAGUCUUCAGGGAAGAAUGCCAAACUAGGGUCUCAAGCUUCUGAUCCACCGAAGGAGGAAUACAUACAUGUUAGGGCUCGCCGGGGUCAAGCAACAAAUAGCCAUAGCCUUGCAGAGAGAGUUAGGAGGGAAAAGAUAAGUGAAAGGAUGAAGUUUCUUCAAGACCUUGUACCGGGAUGCAGCAAGGUCACUGGCAAGGCAGUAAUGCUAGAUGAAAUCAUCAACUAUGUACAAUCACUUCAGAGACAGGUUGAGUUUUUGUCUAUGAAACUUGCAACAGUAAAUCCGCGGCUGGAUUUUAAUAUUGAAGGACUUCUUGCAAAAGAUAUUCUUCAACAUCGGCCAGGUCCUUCUUCUGGUCUAGGAUUUCCUCUAGAUAUAUCCAUGGCUUUUCCUCCAUUACAUUCAUCUCAACCAGGGCUGAUUCAUCCAAUUAUUCCCAACAUGGCAAACUCAGCUGACAUUCUUCAAAGAAACAUCCAUCAACAGUUAGCUCCCUUGAAUGGUGAAUUGAAGGAGCCAAAUCAGCUAUCUGAUGCAUGGGACGAUGAGCUUCACAACGUCGUACAGAUGAGUUUUGCAACAACUACUUCCCUGAGUAACCAACAUGUUGAUGGUACUGUGUCAGCAAGUCAGAUGAAAGUUGAACUUUGAUGUUUACUCUUCGUACAUUCAUCUUCACUACAGCACGUAUUUGGCUUUCAUUCUUGUCAGAUGCAAAUAACUAAAGCUCAGAGUUCUACACAAGGCUCACCAAACUUGAAGGCCAUAAUCACAAUUCUCUGCAAUAUAUUUGAAAUGAGAUACUACUGAGUAAUGUUCUGGUGUCUAGGUCUUUUGAGGGCAGUGACACACUCUACUAGGUUAGAGGAUGUAGAGCAGUAUUUAAGGAUGUUUCCCUUUUCAAGCGUGAAUAUAUGUAUCAUAUGCUUAGAAGUGGAAUUCUAUUUUAUCAAAAUAGGUUUGCUCACUGGAUAUAUUAAAGAAUGUAAAGACAGGAUCUUACUGAGUCUGAUGAACCUGGAGAAAUGCUAAAGAGAAUUUUUUUUUGGGCUGAGCAUAGCUUACAAAGUGCUAUGAGAACCUGUUGAUGAUUUUUAUUGAUGCUUGCCAGUUGCUUGCUUGCACAUAAUGUAAUGCUUUUUCUGCCCAACAAUUAACUGUUACAUUCUUUCA